CAAAACGCAUUCUUGUCGUCUCCAUCGCCAUUUGCACUUUGGAGUUAUAUUGCUCCCACAGCUGUGUUGUUGGUGUUAUAUUCCGGCUUUCAAGCAUGUCAGUGAAGCUCUUCCCAGUCUCUUCUUCUUUAUCACAAACUCAACGCGUCGGGAAUGGCGUCUCUUCAGGAGCUGCUAGCCCAGGAGGGAUUUGAGCGCGGCAAAUUCCAUCGAAGGCGACUCCGGUUCAGAGACAGAACAAGAGAAGAUGAGUCCACUGCCUUGCCCAUAUACAUCUGCCAUGGCCGAAACGGCCACGGAAACUCCAAGGACCCGCCGGCCCAGAUCGUUUCACAGCGGAGAGGGAGCUCCGAUUCAGGGAGAUCGAGAUUAUCGAAUUCCAUGUCGAUAGCAGGCGAGCCCGCAAUGGACGAGGUUGCGGUUCGAGCGGUUGUUUCGAUUCUGAGCGGAUACAUAGGGCAGUAUCUCAGGGACGAGAGGUUUCGCGAAUCUAUUCGGGAGAAGUGUUUUUCAUGCUUCACGAGAAGAAACGAGAGUUCGGAUAAUGGGAUUUUCGCGAACAUGGAAUUGGGGGUGGAGAGCAUCGACAAAUUGGUGGAGAAUCCGGGGACCAAGAGUGAAUUGAAGCUCAAAUUGUUGAGAAAUUCGAUUCGGCUUCUGAAUAUUGUCGCUUCGCUGAAUUCUGAAGGCUCGAGGAAUGGUUCGACUUGUGGAACGCUGAAUUCUCAUCUCUCGGCCUGCGCGCAGCUAUACCUGGCCAUUGUUUACAAGCUCGAGAAAAAUGACAGGAUUUCGGCGAGGCAUCUGCUUCGAGUGUUCUGUGAUUCGCCGUUUCUUGCGCGAACGCAUUUGCUUCCUGAGCUUUGGGAGCAUUUCUUUCUUCCCCACCUUCUCCAUCUCAAGGUUUGGUAUUCUGAAGAGCUUGAAUUUCUGUCGAAUUCGGACUAUGUUGGCAAGGAGAAGAAGAUGAAAGCUCUUUGCAAGGUCUACAAUGAUCAAAUUGACGCGGGGACCACUCAAUUUGCUCUUUACUACAAGGAAUGGCUUAAAGUUGGUGCUCAACCCCCUCCAGUUCCUUCGAUUCCUUUGCCAUCAAGACCCAGUCAUGCUUCUUCUAGGAGGAGAUCGUUGGAAUAUCCUUUGACUUCACAUUCCUCUGUUGAUAAAUCUUUAUACCGAGUUGUUCUUGGCUCAACACUACUUGAGAGGAGGUCAAUGGACUUUGACGAUAGAAGUCGAGCUUUGGUCAAUACAUGGGAUUUGGAGGAAGGAGAGAAGGCUUAUUAUGUACAUGAAGAUAAUGUGAGGCAGCCUGGUUCUGCUGAACAUAGAACCAUGGCGCAUAGAAGUUCAUCGAGCCGGAACUAUACAAAUCCAAAAUCAGAUUACUUUUGCCUUCUUGGUUGCCGUAGUGAACCAGCAGAACGCAGUGUGCAAGGUAAUCAAAUAGGUAGCAGAGACUCAAUCAGGAGGUCCCAGAACAUACAUCCUCCCCCCAAUGAUUUUAGCAGGGCAAUCAUCGCCAUUUGUUCCCCUGACAGCAUAAGCGAGUGUGAAGUGGCAAUCCGCGUGAUUACCAAAACUUGGCUGGAUUUACAGGCUGAUCCCACUAUCGAGGAAGCAUUGUCAAAGGCACCUGUGAUUGAGGGAAUGCUAGACGUUUUACACUCAUCCACUGACGAUGAAAUUCUAGAACUGACAAUCUCACUCAUAGCCGAAUUAGUCACCAGGAAUGAUGCAAAUAGGCAUAUUAUACUGAACUCGGAUCCACAGCUUACUAUCUUCAUGGCACUAUUCAGGAGCAAUAGUCUAUUUCUAAAGGCAGCUAUUUUGCUUUUCCUAGUGAAGCCGAAGGCAAAACAGAUGAUAUCAAUCGAGUGGGUUCCACUAGUCCUCCAAGUGUUGGAGUUUGGGGAUCAGUUGCAGACUUUAUUAGCAGUUCGCUGCAGUCCUCAGGUGGCUGCAUAUUAUUUCCUAGAUCAACUUCUUACCGGUUUUGAUGAGGACAAGAAUUUGGAGAACGCUAGGCUGCUUGUUUCUAUCGGGGGACUGAGAUUGUUGGUGAAAAGGAUGGAGAUUGGGGAUGCCAAUGAGAAGGCAAAAGCUGCUUCAAUUAUAUUGUGCUGCAUUCAAGCUGAAGGAAGCUGUCGCCAUUAUCUAGCCAAGAAUUUGAAGAAGAGUUCCCUUAUUGAACUCCUCGUUCCGCGAAGGCAAACGGAUUCCCAGUGGCUUGCUGUUGCAUUGCUAACCGAGUUACUUUGCCUCAAUCGAAGGACCGAGGUGACUAGAUUCUUAGAAGGAUUACUAAGUGAACGGGAGAGCUUGAACACCCUGCAUAUCUUGUUCGCCUACCUCCAGAAGGCUCGAAUCCAAGAGCAGCCUGUGGUUGCAGCCAUACUAUUACAGCUUGAUCUUCUGGGAGAUCCUAUGAACUGCAGUGUAUAUAGACAUGAAGUAGUAGAGGCAAUAACAGUUGCUCUGGGUUGUUGGACUUGUAACGAAGAGGUCCAGGAACAAUCAGCAAGAGCUCUAUCAUUAUUGGGAGGAUGCUUUUCUUACACGGGACAGCCAACAACAGAAAAAUGGCUUUUGAAGGAAGCGGGUUUUAGCGAUAACUCUGGAGAUUUCUUUCAGGGAAAGAAUAUUGUCGUUGCCGGGUUGAUAGACUUGAAUGAAGAGGACGAUGCAACGCAUGAUUGGCAGAGGAAAGCAGCUUCAGUUUUGCUUACCUGUGGGAAAAAGACAUUCCUGGCUGCAUUUUCUAAUUCCAUAUCGAAUGGAAUACCGUGUUUAGCCCGAGCAAGCCUUGUCACUGUGGCGUGGGUGACCAGGUAUCUCGAUUCAAUUGGAGAUGACGAUCUUCAGUUAGCUGCGUGUACAGUUCUUCUUCCAUGUUUGAUAGAAUCCUUGAACGAUGACAAUGCCCUUGAAGGCAGAGUGCUUGCUUCAUUCACAUUACAUACUCUCCUCAAGAGUUCAGCAGAUUGUUUCUCCAUAAUCUCGUCUGUGGAUGACGUGCUGACGAGUCGUCUCCGGGAUCUAUCCCGAGUGACAUGGACAGCUAAAGAGCUUAUUUCAGCCAUCAGAAGCAGUUCGAGGCACAGAAUCUUGAGCUAGAGGAAAUUAAAUUCAAUUGGUCGGAUGAAUAGACCAUUGGCUGGCUCUCUUAAUUAUUCAGGCAUUUCUUGAAGCCAGCCAGAUGAAUAUCAUCAAACUUCUUGUCUUGUGUCUGUUAACAGCGCUGUGUUUAUCUUUCCCUGUAUUCAAUUUUGUGCUGAGGUAGUAAAUAUCUCAAAUAAAAUUGGUCCCAUUUGUUCUCUUUCCACCCUUUGUUUGGCAUAGACAUAGUUGCUUGGGGCUUCAGUUUUUCCUCUUGUAAACUGAACAUGCAGCCUACUAGCCUAGGUUAGGUUGUUCAUUCACACUCGUUAAUGGGUUUGAAUUUUAUCAUUAUUAUUCUUA